AUGAACAAAAAGUGGCUCCUUCGAACGCGCUGCACUGCUCCAUUUGAUGCACGAUCUUUUUCGCAACUGAGUGAUGAGGCUUGUGAAGAAUUUCUCACUAUCCGUGAUAACACGACUGAAAGCUUGGAGCAACUUGCGGAGAAACUGCGAAAAUGGGCGAAACAGCAGGGCUCGGAAUUUGAGGUGCAGGUGGAGAAUCGCUUGCUCAAACGCAAAGAGGCGCUCAAGAAGGCGAUGGAGUCGGUGUCUGCUCUGCAGGCAAGGGAUGACGUGAAGGAGGCACUGCGUGAGAUACUAAAGGCGGCCAACAACUACACGUUGAGUGCGCAGGAACAGUGGCAGCACAAAGAUCUCGUUAUCCAAGGGCUGUCGAAGCGGACACAGAGACGUGUGUACGACGAGAUUUUCAGAAUGUGUCCAUUCCUUUGUACAUAUCUCAUUUAA